CGGAUGCAGACCCGGCAGCCGGGGAAGGGCCCACAGGACACGGAGCCCCAAGGGCACGGACCGAAAGCGGAAGUGUGUAACGGAUCUUCUUCCGGGCGGGCGCUGGAUCGUAACCACAGGUUCCGGGCACCUUAAUGAAAGGAGGGAACGCAGGUUGGACAGUUCAGAGUCCCAGGCUGCAACUGUGAAUUUCCCAAACUCCUCCUCGUGGUGUUGCUUUGCCAGCAACUGACAGAGAAGUUGACCAUCAUGGAGUCACCAGAGGAGCCUGGAGCAUCAAUGGAUGAGAACUACUUUGUAAACUACACUUUCAAAGAUCGGUCCCACUCAGGCCGUGUGGCUCAGGGCAUCAUGAAGCUAUGUCUGGAAGAGGAGCUCUUUGCCGAUGUCACUAUUUCUGUGGAAGGCCGGGAGUUUCAGCUUCACAGGCUGGUUCUCUCUGCUCAGAGCUGCUUCUUCCGGUCCAUGUUCACCUCUAACCUGAAGGAGGCUCACAAUCGGGUGAUUGUGCUGCAGGAUGUCAGCGAGUCUGUUUUCCAGUUGCUAGUGGACUACAUCUACCAUGGCACUGUGAAGCUCCGGGCAGAUGAACUGCAGGAAAUUUAUGAGGUGUCAGACAUGUACCAGCUGACAUCUCUCUUUGAGGAAUGUUCCCGGUUUUUGGCCCGCACAGUGCACGUAGGAAACUGCCUGCAGGUUAUGUGGCUGGCGGAUCGGCACAGUGAUCCCGAGCUCUACACUGCUGCCAAGCACUGUGCCAAGACCCACUUGGCCCAGCUGCAGAGCACAGAAGAGUUUCUUCACCUGCCACAUCACCUCCUCACCGAUAUUAUCUCGGAUGGAGUUCCAUGUUCCCAGAACCCAACAGAAGCAAUAGAAGCCUGGAUCAAUUUCAAUAAAGAGGAAAGAGAGGCUUUUUCAGAGUCACUCAGAACCAGCCUAAAGGAAAUCGGGGAGAACGUGCACAUUUACCUCAUCGGGAAAGAGGCCUCACGCACACACUCCCUGGCCGUGUCCCUGCACUGUGCGGAGGACGACUCCAUCAGUGUCAGUGGCCAGAACAGUCUGUGCCACCAGAUCACGGCGGCCUGCAAGCACGGUGGGGACCUGUAUGUGGUGGGAGGCUCCAUCCCAAGGCGCAUGUGGAAGUGCAACAACGCCACAGUGGACUGGGAGUGGUGCGCGCCACUGCCGCGGGACCGGCUGAAGCACACGCUGGUGUCCGUGCCCGGCAAGGAUGCCAUCUACUCACUCGGGGGCAAGACGCUGCAGGACACCCUCUCCAAUGCCGUCAUCUACUACCGCGUGGGUGACAACGUGUGGACGGAAACAACCCAGCUGGAGGUGGCAGUGUCAGGGGCUGCUGGUGCCAACCUCAACGGGAUCAUUUACUUACUCGGGGGUGAGGAAAAUGACCUGGACUUCUUCACCAAGCCUUCCCGACUCAUCCAGUGUUUUGACACCGAGACAGACAAGUGCCACGUGAAGCCCUACGUGCUGCCCUUCGCGGGCCGCAUGCAUGCAGCUGUGCACAAGGAUCUGGUGUUCAUUGUGGCCGAGGGGGACUCCUUGGUGUGCUACAACCCGAUGCUGGACAGCUUCACACGGCUCUGUCUGCCUGAGGCCUGGAGCUCGGCCCCGUCCCUCUGGAAGAUCGCCAGCUGCAAUGGCAGCAUCUAUGUCUUCCGGGACCACUACAAGAAGGGGGAUGCUAACACCUACAAGCUUGACCCUGCCACAUCAGCAGUGACUGUUACCAGGGGCCUCAAGGUGCUACUCACCAGCCUGCAAUUCGUGUUGGCCUAAGGCAGGGCCGGGGGAGUGGCUCACUCCUCCACCCUCCAGCCAGGCAGGGAGAGUGAGUCUCCCUCACUCACCACCAUCCAGCCAGACCCCAGGUCCCUGAGCCCAGUGCCCAGAAAGUGGUCUUUGGGACACUCCUAGGAAGGCAGCGUCCCAUCUUCCCCUCAUCCCCUAGGGUAACCUGCUGGGAGUUUUCUCACACUGCUGCUCUGCUGGCUGUGUGAACCCAUUCCUCUGCCCUCCCUGCACCUUGGGCCUCGCCUCUGCUGAAACCCCAGGCACAGUCCCGCCUCCUGUGAAGUAGACAGCCCCAGUGCCAGUGCAGAAGGACAGCCCUCCUUUCCCUGAAGGCUGUGGCACAGCUAACAGAGCUUUUCCCUCAGAGAAUGAGGGCCAAGGUCUCCCUCCCAGGUUUGGAUGGGAGAAGAAGCUGAAGGUGUCCUUCACCAGCCAGGGUCAGCUAUUGAAUUCAGUCAUUUGUCCUAGUGUUUUUCCAUCCAUCCAUCUGCAAAACGACUUCUGUUUUUUUGUAUCUCAUACCAAGGGUGAGUGGAAACAGAAGGAAUUAUUUCUAAUUGACAGCAGAAACUUUUUCAAACUCAAUAUAAUAUAUAAGGUGUCUGUUCUUUUCAAGGUUCUAAGCUAAAUCAAGAGCUAUAAAUACAUGUUCAUACAAAUAAAGGUUUUUGAAGGUA